AUGAGUUCUUCAGCGCAAGGAGCACCGAGAGCACCGGCAGUCUCUACAGUUCCUACAACAUCAAAUGAUGAUAAAAAGAAAGGAUUAAGUCGUGUUUUAGGACGAAUGAAGACAGUUUUAAAAAGAGGUGAUGGAUCAAAAAGAUUAUCAUUUGUUGGAAAGUCUUCAACUACCGGUACAACAGGAGGUCCAAGUGUCCCUAAAUCCACUGAUCAAACAUCAAAAUCAAAGCCCAUAUCAACACCAACGCCAGAACCAUCUAAGGAAAUACCCGCUUCCAUUCCCGCUGUCGUCGAAACGAAACAAACUACCACUACCACUACCAAAACCACUACUCCUAGCGCAACAAAACAACAACAAUCUAAAUCUAAAUCUCAACCUCAACUUCAACCUCAACCUCAACCAACAAAAGUAUCUCGAGCAGAAAUUAAUGCUGAAAGAGCUCGAAAAUUAGCUGAACGUUUUCAAUUACAAAUCGAACCACAUGAAUGGCAAAGUCUUACUGGAGAGAAAGAUGUUUGGAGGAUCGAAAAACCUAUUCGAAUGAGAAUUCAUAGAACUUGCCAUAAAUGUGAUACAACAUAUGGUGCCAAUAAAAUCUGUACCAAUUGCGAACAUCCAAGAUGUACAAAAUGUCCCAGAUUUCCUUUGAAGAAAAAGGAGAAAGGAAAAACAGCAGUUGCGAGUACAGGUCCAACAAAAGUGGAAGUUGAUAGAGAAUGGAAAAAAGCUGAGAAGUUAAUCAUGACUUUACCGAGUCAUAAAGUAGGUGGUCAACCUUUGGUUAGGAAAAAACCUACUCAAAGAGUUAAAAGAACUUGUCAUGAAUGUUCGACUCUUUUUACGGCUGGUAAUAAAAUUUGUACAACUUGUGCUCAUACUCGUUGUGCUGAUUGUCCUCGAAAUCCAUCCAAGAAAAAGAAAUACCCCGAUGGCUACCCUGGCGAUCAACCAUCCUCCACAAACAAAAAAUUCGCAUGUCAUAAAUGCGAUAAAACAUUCCCUCACCAUUCUUCCUCGGAUUCAAAAACUAGCAUGCAAGAAUGUACAAGCUGUUCCGCGGAAAGUGAUACCGGAGCCGGAUCCGGAGGUGUUAAGGAGAGUGGAGGAGAAACUAAGGGGUUUGAGUAUUAG